CUAGACACUUCCAGGUGAAUGGCAGUCAAAAGCUUUCCACUUCUGCGCACGGAACCUUCCUCCCUGGAAUACAUGUACAAAUUUCAAUUGAUUGUCCGAUUUUUUCCUUGAUCGACUGUAGGUAGUGAAAAGAAGUCACUCUUACGUACUAAAUGCAUAUACAUAUAUAUGUUUGUAUGAACGUAAGCAGAUUUGCAAAGUUAUUCAAUAUUUAUGCGCGUACUAAAUGCUAAAAUGUCUGCUAUUGGCGCUGCAAAUCACCGCCGUGGUCGUUGUCGUUGUCGUUGCCGCUAUAGUCACAGUCGCUGAGCGCUUGGCGCUUGUUGUUGUCUGUCGUCUGAUAUUUUCGACUGGCGCUCGGUGGUGAUAGUGUUGGUGCUGUGUCAUUGCCUCUGACGGACGUUCCGUCGCCUGCACAGUGUCAUCGCUGGCUUAGUUGUGUUUUUGUGCCUUUAGCGGGUACAGCAAAAAAAAUUCGUGCCACAUAAAUGCCCAUAUACAUAAACAGAUCUUUGAUAGCUUAAAAUAGUUACAAUUAAUAAAAUCAAAACAGUUUAAAGAAGCAAAACAAAAAUAAAAUUCUACUUGUUUUUAGUAGAUACAUAAGUGUGAACAGAAGGAAAAAAGACAAAACAAAUUUUUAUAAGAAUAAAACAAAUAUUGUAUAACAAUAACUAAUUGUGGAGUAAAUCAAAGUGCAAUCAAAGUGAUUCAGUGAGCGAGCGAAGAAAUGCAUUGCACUGCAGUUCGUUUGCUCUGUCGUUGCAGUGCUGUGGAUUGAGUGCGUACUCUUAUCUAAUUUAUGGGCUCAGCCGAUAAGCGAAUGGCGUUUUUAUUGAAUUUACUUUGGGGCCAUGCGUAAAAAUGAAGGAUCCAAAAGAAGUUUUACAAGAAGAAGACAAUUUGAUAGCAAUCAACAAAAUGGAGAAUUUAGAAGGCGAUUCAAAUGACAGAGAUGCUGAGAGUCACAUGCUGCACAGUAUGGAGCCAUCGCUGUCCCUCAGCAACGCUUCCGCCCACAGUCCGGGUGGCAGUCAGGCCCUUAGUCCUGCACUAAGUCUGAGCGGUGGCAACAGCAAUAGCAAUGGCAACUUAUCCACUAGUGGCAGCAAUACCGCUGCCAUCAAUAAUAAUAAUAACUCAUUUGCGCAAAAUAACAACUCACAAUCAUCGAAUGUUUGUGCAAUUUGUGGCGAUCGCGCCACCGGUAAACAUUAUGGUGCUUCCAGUUGUGACGGCUGCAAAGGUUUCUUCCGACGCAGCGUGCGCAAGAAUCACCAAUAUACCUGCAGAUUCUCACGGAAUUGCGUCGUAGACAAGGACAAGCGUAACCAGUGUCGGUAUUGUCGGUUGCGCAAAUGCUUCAAGGCGGGCAUGAAAAAGGAGGCCGUUCAAAAUGAACGCGAUCGCAUUAGCUGUCGUCGCACCUCGAAUGAAGAUCCCGAUCCGGGUAAUGGUUUGUCCGUCAUAUCGCUGGUGAAGGCAGAGAUUGAGAGCCGUCAGUCGAAAGCGGGUGCCGCUAUGGAGACCAAUCCGAAUGAAGAUCUCUCAAAUAAACAAUUUGCCAGCAUCAACGAUGUGUGUGAAUCGAUGAAACAACAGCUGCUGACGCUUGUCGAAUGGGCCAAACACAUACCAGCAUUCAAUGAUCUGCAGCUGGACGAUCAAGUGGCGUUACUGCGCGCGCAUGCUGGCGAACACCUGUUGCUGGGUUUGUCACGCCGCUCUAUGCACUUGAAAGAUGUGCUAUUGUUGGGCAACAACUGUGUCAUCACAAAGCAUUGUCCAGACGCACGUCUUUCGCCAAACUUAGAUAUCUCGCGAAUCGGUGCUAGAAUCAUUGAUGAGCUUGUUUUUGCGCUGAGAGAUGUGAAUAUUGAUGAUACGGAAUUGGCAUGCAUCAAGGCUUUGGUGUUUUUCGAUCCAAACGCGAAGGGUCUUAACGAACCACAGCGCAUCAAGACGUUACGUCACCAAAUCCUUAACAAUCUGGAAGAUUACGUAUCGGACCGACAGUACGAGUCACGCGGUCGCUUUGGCGAAAUCCUCUUAAUACUGCCUGUACUGCAAUCUAUCACUUGGCAAAUGAUCGAACAGAUACAGUUUGCGAAAAUUUUCGGAGUUGCUCACAUUGACUCGCUGUUGCAGGAAAUGCUACUUGGAGGUGAAUUGGCCGACAACUCGCCACUCUCGCCGCCAAGCUUGAACAACUACAGCCCAACACGGAACAUGGAUUCGAGCCAUGUGACAUCAACUUUGGACGUACUUACGUCGCCCAGUUCCGCCGACCACUUAUCAGCGUGUAUGGACAGCAGCAGCCUGGAUGCUCAAAUGAUGUCGCCGCUGCUCGAGAAUAUAUCUUCACCGCCAACGCAAUAUAACACUAUGCGCACUAAUCCGACGCAACGCACACAGCAACAACACUCAACUGGCUCUGCAACACCACAUCAUACGCGUUCAAUGCAUUCACCGCAGCUCAACGACCCAGAAUCGUCAAAUGCUGAUAUGCACAAUGGAGCCUCCAACAAUAACAAUAACAACAAUCCAUAUAUGGAUGAGAAUAGCAUCUAUAGCUCAAGUGCUGUUGGUGUUUUACGUCCACUGCCAACUGGCAGUGUGCACAACUUGCCACAUAUGCCAUCGAAUAUGCAGCAGCAUCCGCAUGCAUCGCCAUCGCCUAGUCAAUCCCAAAUGUCAGCUGGUGCUUUAAUGCAGCACUCACCGCCGCUGCAUCGUAAUCAUCCCUACCAAAGGCCUGAACAAAUGAAUACUGCUGCCAAUAAUAAUGGUGGCGGCGCAGGCGCGCAACAGCUACGCAAUCCGGCUGAGAUGACGCUGAACGAAUACAAUAGCGGCAGCGCCGAGGAGAUGUUGCGACGCGCGCCACUCAAAAUACGCGGACCUGAUGCGCUGAGCAGUGGCGCUGGCGGUGGCGGUGGCGGUGGGUACAUGAUGGGUGGUGGUGGAGGUGGUGGGCUACAUGACGCCGAAAAUGCGUAUCGCAUGACACUGAAACAGGAACCGGAAACUGGUUAUUGAGUUAGCGUGGAGAAUGCGGUAGCUUACUGAACGGAUGCAAAUAUCAAAGACAUAUACCUAAAUAUGUACGUGCAAUGAAACGGAAUGAGAAAGCAGCGCGAGCAGUUGAAAAAACGCUGGUUACACUUAUGUAUAUACUACAAAUACAAAUGUAUGUAUACGCUGUUCUUCAUGAAGAUCAUCCCGCAAAUUCGGCGCCAAUUUGUUCACCGAUGUUUAUUCGGUACUUUAAGUCAGGUUACUUGAAGUAGUAAUAGUGGUCAACGGCGUCAACUACUUGUUGAUCAUUUUGUUUAGAAAGUAAAUAUACAAUUAUAUUUUCCUCCCGAUAGUCAUAGUGUUACAUGGACUUCCAUAUAGAUAUGUAUGUAUGCCACACUAUAAGUAAUAAAUGUUUUAAAAAUUCA